GACAUUUUAAGUUUAGUGAGAAGUUAUUAAAACCUUUUUUUGAAACUGCUUUUUCACGGGACGCGUAGAUGUUUAAUUCUGACUCUAAUACAUUAUCAUUCAUCUGAAACGUUUGGUGUACUUUUUAUGAUGAAUCAAACCCAUCAGUCAGUGAAUUAGUGAAAAAAUCCGUUAAAAUAACAGUAGCUUGAUGAAGCAGUAACUAACAGUCCUGCAGGAAAACGUUCCAACAGUUGAACGGUUUCCAGAGCAGCGAUCAGACUAUAAAGACUACAAACAUGGACGAACACCGUUCCCUCCCUGAUUCCAUCAACCCCAAUUAUUUUCCAGCGAAACUCUGGAGUCUGGUGAACGACCCGGGAAAUGAAGCCGUCUGCUGGGACAGCAGCGGCCAGAUAAUCAUCAUCAACCAGCAGCUCCUGGAGAGCCAGGUCCUGGCGUCCGGAGCCGCCCCCUACGCCGGCGCCUUCAAGACCACCAACUUCUCCAGCUUCGUCCGCCAGCUCAACCUGUACGGCUUCAGGAAGGUGGAUCCCAUGAGCCACGUGAAGCAGCAGGAGAGCGCCUUCUGUCAUUAUUUUUACAGCGCAAACUUUCAGCAAAACCGACCGGACCUGGUUGCGAGUCUCAGGAGGUUCACUGUGGGGAAUAAAGCCAAGCUCCACGCCGGCGUGGAAGUGAAGACCCGGCUUCCCAGUCGACCUGGAGUGCGGGGAGGAGGUCAGCACGUGACCAAAGAAAGCCUGUCCCUGCUCAGAUCCGCCCAGCAGCUCCUGACCUUCUCACACAAUUCUAGUCCAAGCCCGCCGCCCAAACAAUACAGCGGAACGCCGAUGCCACCAAAGUGCAUGAAAAGGGUUUACUCUGCAGGUCUCUCCUCACCAGCUGACGCUGCAGGGACCUUGAACCCCUCCUGCACAGGUGUGCCUUCACCUGGCAAACUCCUGCACCAUCAUCAGGGUUUACUGACUCCAGCAAACCAUGCUGGGAAUGGCCUUUAUCAACCUGGUUACUAUCGGCCAGUUUGCCGCUGCUGCCACCCAGUCACCUCACCCCAAAUACUGGGUCUUCAAACUGGGUUGUACUCCCCAAAAAACUAUUACCAGGCUGGGUUUCCUGUAAAGAAAGCAAACACCAAAGGUUUAGAAGAAAAGGAGAACCAGGACGCAAAGAUCUGUGACGUUAACUUGGACAAAGUUUUCCAAAUUGCAGAUGAGGUGAUGCAGUCUUUCCCCAGCCCUCGUCUGGCUCCGGUUAAGACCCCUGUUGUUGUUUUGGCCCCUUCCUCCACCACAACAGCUGCUUUAGCAGCAAAUGCAUCCAGCAGCUCUGUGUUCAAACAGGAGGAAGCGUCUCCGCCCUCCCGCCUUCAGCAAACACCCAAGAGCGAGGAGGUUUUUCAGGCUCUCGCUGGUCCUGCACCAGAAGAAGAAACCAUAAACGUUGAGGUUUGCAACUCUUGAAGUAACUGCAUUUCUUUGGUGACAUCCUAUCCCAUCUCCUGUUUAGAUCACAGCUUAUUGAUUAAUUUUGGCUCAACAAUUUGAUUGGAGUUUUCCUAUGACUUCACUUUUAUGCAUAAUUACAUCAGUCUGUUUCUACAUAUUUAUUAUUUGUUUAUUUCUCCCACAAAGUUGUUACACUCUGUUCCAAAUGCACAUUAAUGGUUGUGUAAAUUCAUCUCAAUGGCACAUUUUUAAGCUGUAUUUUCUCAUUUUAAUCUUCUUGCAGUUUAAAAAUGAAUUGUAAUUAGUUUCAAAAGGUGAUUUGUUGGAUGUUAUAGUUUGUGAAAAUAUUGUUCCUCUACGAAUUGUUUUCCUUGAGGUUUAUCAUUUCGCCUCCGGAUUUGAUAACUAUUAUAAAACAUGUUGAAAUGAUUUGAAAAUAAAACGUAAAAUACA